CUUCCUGGUCAGGCAGGACCGCGAGGCCAGAGCCGGAGCCGCACCUUCAGCUCCUCAGAACAGAGGCUUCUCAAAGAAGAGUCACACAUUCCUGCCGAAAAUAUUUAGAAAAAUGUCUACUCAAUCAGCAAAAGAAAGACCCGAAAGCUUGCAGUUCCCUUUCCUUGAUGACGAAGAUACCAUCUCCACGGUCAAGGAAUCUAAAACCUUUUUUAUUUUAAGAGGCCUGCCCGGCAGUGGGAAGUCCACUCUUGCCCAGGCUAUUCAAGAUCGGUAUAAAGAUGCCUGCAAGGUCAUCUCUGUCGAUAGCUAUAAAAUUACACCGUCAAUAAGAAGCACCAUUCCCGAAGAGUAUUCAAAGGUGGACGAGGAUCUAGUUGACUAUUGCAAACGAGAUAUCAGCGUUAUCGUUUUGGAUGACACCCACCAUGAGAGGGAACGACUGGACCAACUCUUUGACAUUGCUGACAAAUACCGGUACAAAGUCAUCUUUGCUGAGCCCAAAACCCAGUGGCGAAUGGAUUGCUCGCAGCUGAAGGAGAAGAAUCAAUGGAAACUGUCAGUGGAAGAGCUGAAGAAGAUGAAGCCGAGCUUGGAGAAGGAAUUCCUACCCAUGUAUUUUGGGUGGUUUUUGAGCAAAAGAAGUUCAGAGAUCCUGAGGAAGGCUGGCCAGGCCUUCUUAGAUGAGCUUGGAAGUCUCAAAGCCUUCAAAAAGGAGAGUAAAUACUUUGCGUCCGCUAUUGAAGAUCCCAAAAUAAAAAUAGACCUCACCAGCUACUUUGUUAAGAGGCCGCCCGGGGUCUUACACUGCACCACAAAAUACACCGAGUUCGGAAAAGCAGCAGGAGCCGAGGAAUAUGCACAGCAAGAGGCUGUGAAGGCUUCCUACGGCAAAGGCUUCACCCUGUCCGUUUCUGCUCUGUUCAUCACAACAAAAACUGUUGGCGCGCGCGUGGACCUGAGCGAACAGCAGCUGCUGCUGUGGCCUGGGGACGCCGAUAAGAUCCUGCCCACCGACAACCUCCCGAAAGGCAGCCGGGCUCACAUCACCCUCGGCUGCGCCAACGGCAUCGAAGCAGUCCAGACCGGGCUGGAUCUGCUGGAGUUUGUGAAACUGGAAAAGGCAGGGAACAAAGGGGAUGAAGUGGGGGAAAUUGGAGGAGGGAAGCUGCUGUAUUUUGAUAACGGUAUGUGGAUGCUCAUCCUUUCUAAAAAGAUCCAUGUGAAGGCGAUAUUCUCAGGGUACUAUGGAAAAGGAAAACUUGUGCCAACGCAGAGCACCAACAAACGGGGCUCUGCUUUCAGUUCCUGCACCAUCAUCUAGGAGCGUGGGCAGGGUAGGCUGGUCGGUUGUUUUUAAAAGGCAAGUAACUCCUGUAACCUUUAAGAGUGUAAAGAGAAAUAAUUCUACCUUUACUAAAGUAAGCCCUUGUGCCAACCCCAGCGUGAAGCCUCUCGGGGGAGUUCAUUGGCCUUGGAACCAGGGAGAAAACAAGCAACUCUCAACUGACCAGGGAAAGCCGUUGUGUAACCGCUGGCAAUAACUGAAGCGCUGCCGAGUGUAUCUUAAAGGAAGAGUUUUGGGGAGACCCAGCUGUGGUGUUCUGCUUGUUUUCUUCCUCAGAGGAAGAUCUCCUAUAGCCUGUUGUAACUCCCCCAUGAACCACAAUCGUUAGGUCUUUACAUGUCAGUACCAUGAGCAGUGGCAGGCCGAAACCUGGUCUGAAGCCGAGCAAAGGGAACUGGGUGCUGCCUCUCCCCUUCUCCCACACCCGAGGGACUGACCUCAGUCCUUCUGGGAGCUGAAUUACUGGGUAAAAACCAGCCAGACCCAAGUGGCGAUCGUUUCUGUCCAGCGUGGCCAUUACUCGUAGUUUACCCAUCUGAGGAGAACGUGCAGCGGGGUACGCAACAGCCGCGGUCAGAGGUCGGUCCUGCAGCCCCGGGGCCGGCCAGCCCUGCUCUACCCCCAUCCACCUUCACUGUUUGCAUGUGAACGCUUCCUUCGUUGCAGGGAAGAGAGGUGCUGGCGGGCGGACAGAAGGGAAGCACGCUGCCAGAUGAUGCCUGCAAGAGCUAUCAUGGACUUAAAAAAAAAAAAAAAUUAAAUAAGAUCACAGAGAGGGAAAAGAGUGAAAUACCAGGAGAGGCGUUCAGUUCCUGCCGCCUGGCUCCGGCCACUUCGCUUCACAGGGCAGCGUGGGCUGGACCACGCACCCUCCAGCGUCCUUGUCCCAUAGGGAACAAUCCUGCCUCGGCAGGGAGUGGAAGAGAUGAACUAGCAUCUUUUCCAUCUUACUUUGUAGCAACUAAAAUCAUGUCUGAAGUAUGGAACCGUACUUCAUGCAAGAUUUUACUACUUCUCGCUAAUGCACCUGAAUGUUUAAGAGUUAGGGUGGCAGUAACAUCAUAAUUUAGGAAGUAAGUGGAGGUAUCGUAACUGCGUAACUUAAAAGUCUGCUCAAACCUAAACCGUUGGCUGGGGAAAAAAAAAGUUAAUGACCAAGCAUUUCUGUUAAUUAAGUCUGUUUUAUGGAAACUUAGGUUUUUUUUGCUCUUGGCCAGACCGUCUGCGGGCUGGUCAGUGGAUACGAGGUCACUACUGUACUGUAACACAAAGCUCAACUAACGGAUGGAGGUCAGGACACGUUUAAACUCCUGCUAUGGCUCUGGUGAACCGCGUAGUGAAGUUAACCCCGUAUUAAUAAUGUAAAUACUUACUGUGUCUGACAAGCGUGUGCUGGGCUGGGAGCUGUAAUGGAGCUGUCGUGUGGGCGCCGCUUACCCGGAGCUGGGUGCGGACCGAAAGCGUUGCCUGGGACGCCCGGCGCUGCCCCUGCAAGAAGCGUUCCUCCUCCGAAUGCUUCGAACAAAAGCGCGGGGUGCUCUGGGGCUCAGCUGGUAAAACACGCUGCACGUUUACCAGGGAAGCAAACCACUUCCCACUGUUUCAGAAAGACGGGUGACAAUAAAUUCUCAUUAUAACAUAAAAAAAUUUAUAUCUCUACGCCCCCUUAGUGCCUGUAGCCCUCCCUUCCCUUCAGCAGGGGAAACCCCUGAUCUUCUGCAGUGCCCGAUACUCAGCUCGGGCCUCUCUUACAGAAAUCUCACCCGCGUUGGUUCCAUCAAAACUUUAAACACAUUCACCAGCGCCUGCCCAGGACAGCUCCCGGGGGAGGGCAGGAGUGCCCCGACCCCCUCUCCCCCCAGCGCCCUGGGAACAACCCGAAGCUCCAGCUCACCUCCAGCACGGCUGGAAUCUCUCGUUUAUUUGCCUGUUCAAGAACAACAGUGAGACAGACUGUCGUCAUUUAAGUUUUUAUUAGUUUGUACAUCAUAUACAGUUUAUAAUAAAGUAAACCAAUUGCAUAUGGUUUUGCUUCAGUCUGUGAUAUUCUUCAUAUAAACACAUCAUUAUGAAUUAUGCCUAAUGAAGUAAACAACAAAUAUUCACAUUUUUACCGUUCACAUCCUAGAAAGGUAAGGGUCCAAAGAGGGACAGUGUUCGUACCGACGUGAAGCCCGUCUUGGAGAGGAUGACGUGUUUGGCAAAGCGACGGGGAUAGGGAUUGCUCCAUGCAACGUGCCUUUCCUCCCACCGGAAAGGUUAAGGUAUUUACACUGAGGUAAACAUUCAGAAUUUCGGAUUCAGAUAAAUACUGCAGCGCAGGGUCUAAGCGUCCUCUCCAAGUUGGCUUCACAUCGGCGCCUGGGUUUGCCUUGACUACUCCUUAAUGUCGUUACAACAAAGCAGAUUCGCAUGCAAUGAAGGUGCUCGGGUUGCUGUUUCGCACUCGACCCCCUCCGCCAUCGCUUCACGCGAUCUUUCCCUCCUGAAGCACGAGCCGUGCGGUGAAAGCAGGGAGGAAGAUGGAGGAAGAUGGGGUCAUCGACGUCAGAUUGGCUACGCCAGAGCUGCAGCCAAGCUGCACGCCUGGCCGGAGGCAGCACCCCGGCUCUCCCGACAGGCUGCGGCCCCUCCCUAUCACCC